CUAAUCCUUGUCCAUGGACACUAAUGUCAAUGCGCCGCUGCUAGUGUCCUAAGAAAGGCGGCGAACAGCCCCGGCGUUCAUGGCGCCGCCCGCUGCCGGAGAGCCCAAAUGCUACUUUAUCUCCCGCUCCCUUCUUCUCCGGUUAUCCAAGCUGAUUCGAGAAACCCUAUCGCGAACCCUAUACGCCCCUCCGGUAGGAUCCAACGUCUCCAUAAAAUUGAUCCUCGAGUCCCUCCUCCCUUGCGAGGGCGGGCCUCCGGCGGAGGGAUUCCCGAAGGAGGUAAUGGAUUUCGUUCUCUGCUGUGCAGCCCUAGCUGCGGCGGAGGGCGAUGACUCCCCGACACUUUUCUGGGUUACCAAAGAUCUCAUAUUAGCGGCGAAAUUGUCUUUGCGGGAGUUAUCGAGAGCUGCUUCAUUUGGGUCGGAGAGGGAGAUGCUUGUCGAGCUCAUGCCAGACGUGUUGUCAGUGGUGAAGGGGGUGAUAAAAGAGAGCAGUGUGGAUACGAAGUCGGAGGAUAUCUUCGCUAGCUCCGCCAAGACACCGGUGGAUUAUGCUAUUGUCGCGGCCCACCAGUUCAGAUGGCUUGUUUCGCAGGUUGCCUACCCUGAUUUGGGCAAGUUGUUGUGGUUGGUCACUCCGUGUGCUCUGACAUCUUUGGAUCACUGGUCAGCGGCAGUGAAGGAACAAGGUAUUUCCAGCUUUAUACACAUAGUGAAGAAUGUCAAUGCAGCUGAAUUAAGUUGGUAUGAGGAAGCAAUACUCGACGUAUGCUGCAGCAACAUUCCUGCAGCUGAUGAACUAUGGCAUCGUGUUAUUGAAAUAUCUGUGCUUUUGUUGACAUCUACACAGAAAGCAAAUCCUCGCAGCCCUUGGUUUGAGAGGAUGCUGAAUGAAAUGCUAAGCCAUUUGGAGCGCCAACCUUUUAAUAAGGAACGCCGUGUUUCAUGGCUUUCUCAAAUUGAGCCAGUUUUUAGUGUAAUGGGUCUUUUCAUACUAGCACACUUCCGCAGGAUUUUUCCUCUCUUCUUCCAGUGGAUGCAUGCUGAUGAUGAGGACACCAUUCUCCUGGUUCUGGGACGGCUCCAUACUAUUAUUAAGUUAACGUGGAUACGGAAAUCACCACACUUUGAAAGGUUGGUGGAUGAAUUGACUCUUUUAUACAAGGAGACGGCUGUAAGAAAGAACCGAGAAGUUAUUCGUCACCAAAUUCUUCGACUGUUGGUGUUGCUACAACAGUGCAAAGGAUUGCAGUUUGAAAAAGCCUGGGACAAGCACAAGAAUGAUCCAGACUUAACCAUGAUGGUAUCCUCCUUUAACAAUCUCCUAAACGAGACUCAAACGACAAGUACAAGCUAGCCGUGAUGCCUCGCAGUAUACUACUAUACACGAAAAGUUAUGUUCCAAAAGCUGCCCAAAAAGAGAAAAAUGAGAGCUUUCAAAGUUGAUAGAACUUAAAACCCUAAAGAGUUCUCACAAGGGCACUAUUGAAGCUUUUGAAUGCUAUUUCCUCUGAUUGACUAUGAAUAUAGUUUCGAUUAGGAUUAA